UCUACUGUUUGCUACUGUCUGGUUGUUGGUUAUUAGUUGUUACUGUCUGGUUGUUAGUCAAACUGUUUACUUGGGUUGGGCGGUUGUUUAUAUUUGAUGGAAUUAAUUCAUGUCUAGCUUCUAGGAUGAAAGAAUAUCACUGUCUAUCUCAUAGGGAUCAUAGUAUAUCACAAACAAUACGAUGCUCAUUUGUCAAAUGAGCAAAUAAUUAUUUGCCCAUUUUUCAACAACUUUUUUCCAACUUCUGCCUUUAAUAUAGUGAUGAUUAACCAAUCUCAACCACAAGCUAUCAUUCAUGUUUGCAAUGUCCCAUAUGUAUUUUCCCAUGACAGCAACAUUCCAACUGUUUGCUCUGUUUAUUUUGCUCAUUUCAAUUUCUGUUGCUCAUUACUCUUUUUGGUCAUAUUUUUUUUGUCAGGUAAACAAAAUGUGAAUAUCAAUUCUGAUAUUCUUACAUUUUUGUCUGAUGUUGAUAAAAUUAAGGAUCUGAAUUGGUCUAUGUAUAUUCUUGACUGUCUAGUGAAGGGAAAGCUAUUCCGGGAACAACUUCCAACUCGUUCUUUUCCCGGGUCGUUGUUGUUUCUUAUGUUUUUCUAUGUAGAUAAAUUUGUACUUGAAGAAGUACGAGCUGCCCGUGAAAUUCCAAUCCUCAAAGGGUGGACAACAGCUAUGUUGUCAACCCGUGAAAAAUUGGAAGUAUUUAAAGGAAGGUUUGGAACUAUUCGGGGAAAAAAGGUUGAUGUUGGUUCUUCAACCAUGGGAUUGCUUAAAAUGGAAAAAGUCGAUUCUUCUGAAAUGAAAGUUCAAUUACGUGUGAAUAAGGAAGAACCUGAUCCAAUUUCUACAAAAAAUGAAGAAACUGAACAAGAUCCAAAGAAGAAAUGUCAUAUGGAGCUUGCAUUAUUGAGUGUGUUCAAAGAUGAGCAGUAUUGGCAAGAUGCUGCUGUAAUCGAAGCAUGGGAUAAGUUUUCAAAAUAUCAGGAAAUGAUGCUAGGGUUGAUCAACAGAAAGAAUCACAACCAAUAGAUGUUUCUAGGAUUGCUGCUGAGUGUGUUCAAAUAGCCAGUGGUAUAUCAAAUUCUGAAGCUCCUAGGGCUGCUGAACAUGUGGUUAAAAAACUUGGAGAGUCAAUUAGAAGAUAUAGUCUAAGAAGUUCAGUAGCCAAAGGAGGUGGUACUCCUUCAUUCAGCCUAGGCAUCUUUUCUCAAGAAUCUGAAUCUCAGGAGAAGUCCCCUAGCAUUGCUGAUGUUGCUCCUGUUGUAGCUCUUGUAGUUGGUCCUGUUGUUGCUGAUGUUGGUGUUUCUACAUCAAUUGUUGCUGAUGCUUUGCAUGCUCAAGAUGAUCCAGUUGCACUUAAGAGAAAAGGAGAUGCUGAAAAUGAAAGUUCUAUUCAAAAGAAAAAGCGUAUAGUGCAACCAUCAUUGCAAAUAAGAUCUCCUUUUAAGUCUCGGGUUAUCAACAUUUAUACACCAUUAACAGCAGUUCAGAAAGGUGUUUUGGAUUCAGUUUUUUCUGAGAAAAAAAAUCGU